CAGGGCUGCCCAAAAGAAAAGAAACAAAGAAAACAUUUAGCAUAUUUGCCCCUCCUUCCUCUGACACUCUUCAUUUUACUCUGUGGUAAUAAAAAAGUAACUUCUUGGAUGUCUUAAGUGAAUAACAAAUCUGAUUCUGAGAUAUGGACUAUUGGCAAGGUGAAAAAAUAAAUACCCAUAGAAAAGCAGGAAAAAUAGACAAAAGAAAAGACUUGAUGAGUCCAUAAAGGCACUGAGGCAUAUACAGUGACAAAAUAAUGAAUCAUUUUAUAGUCCAGACUUAUUACUUAAAACAGAUGUGCUAGCUAAAGCUGGUCGCAUCCUGCAUUACAUGACAGACUAAGGUUGGGUAGGCCUUUAACAGUGCACUGCUUCAGUCUUUACUCUCUCCAUUUGUCAUCUGUCAGAAGAAACAAGGCUCAAAAGGCAGCAACUGACGUACCUGAAGUCAUGGGGCUGCCUAGUACCGAGGAGGGAAGCAGCUGUGCUGUCAGAAACCUUCAGGACAGAGAGGUCUGCUGCACUCGUUUAAAAAUUAGAAGAUAGUAAAGGCCAGAGAGAACAAGGCAACACAAGAUGACUUGUAGAAUUUCAUUCUGAACAUACAGAAUGCAUGCAAAGCGCAGUAACCUAGGGAUAGGCUCAGGCAUCCUGGAGUCUUUGAUUCCUGAGAAACAGUCCCAAGUCUUAUAUGGCUUCAUAGCUGAGAGUCAUAGAACACUUUCCUUGACUAAAACAUUCCACCCCGCAGUGAAGCUCUUUAAGCAAAAAGGUAAACAAUUCAAAAGAGCUUCAGAAAAUCCCUAAAUCCAACCAGAUCCACCAGGCUCCUCCUUGCCAGAGUAAACAAGGAAAGCUGAAAGUCUUUCUCAGGCUAACUGAGCUAAGCUAUGAAAAAGAUGAACUACAAAAAAAGACUCAGACUCUCAGCCAAGCUGCAAAGAAGACCGAGGCCAGACCAGCUGCCUGGGAGAAGCAGAAACCAGCCUGGCUGCCUGGAAGAGGUUUAGACCAACUGAGUCACUUGGAGAGGACAGUCUCCAACCUGUCCCGCAGCCUGUGGUGUGCUCCAGGUUUCCCUGCAUUUGUGAGAUGUUGCUCAUGCUGGGUGAGCCUCAGUGAUGCAGUUGUCUUUGAGUCAUCCUGUAAGUAAUCCCUCACCCAUACUCUUGUAAGUAACGCAAGAGAAUUCAUUGGUUCACCAAGUUGGACUUUGUUGGUAUCCACUGAAGAUGACCCCUGCACAGCAGGGGUUCCCUUGGGGACCAGAUUAGGCACAAACCCUACCCAAACACCUGUUUUCACAGAGAGAUCCUUUAUCACAGCUGUAAUUCUCAGAAAGAGAAAAUAGGGGAGGUCUCUGUUAGAAUGGGCUAGGAUUUGGUGGUAUGUUUUGAUUGGACAUGAUAAUUAGGUGAACCAAAGGGGCUUUUGCUGGACUUUAAUACUUUGAUAGCUGGACUUUGGUAUUCAGCCUCGGGAGGAGGAAAUGGUCAAAUAAGGGAACAGACCUCGGUGGCUAGCCUUAGAAAUGUAAUCCAACAGUUUUUAGCAAGGCAGACAGAAUCUGGUAGAAGGGCAAGGCCUGCUAGAGCCAUGCUUGCCACGCUUGAGCUGGCCAGUCCCUUCAUCCAUACUUUGGUCUGUUGUGGGAUCCCUGUCUGGGGUGAGUAGAUGUGUGUUGCAUCUCCCCAGGAAAAGCUUUGUCACACAACAGUGAGACACCAGGUUGGCACUCACAGAUAACAAAAAACAAACCCCUCAACUAGGCACAUCCAGUAAACCCAGCACUUGGGAGGUGGGGGCAGGAAGAUUAACAGUUCAAGUUCAUCCUCACCUACAUACCAAGGUCAAAGCCAGCUCAACAGGUUAGUAGGUCUUACUCUGUUCUUGGAAGCUUGGAGGAUCUCUGCUUCUUUCAGGCAUCUAGGUUUGUCUGAAAAUAUUUGUCAGAAGUCCUGUUUAUAUACAGGUUGGGAGGGGUGGGGGAUCAGUUUCAGGGACGUCCUGCAACUACUGAGUUGUUUACUUCCCGUAUUUAAUGAGCUUCCUUCCCUGUAGAAUGAAAUGUUUCACUCCACCCCCUUAGAACACUUUUUACCUCCCUUUAACAUCAUGUAUCUUAAGGAGCUUCGCUCCAAGAAGGAAAGUCUUAAUCUUGGAGAAAACUGAUACACAACAGGUGUGCAGAGUGAAAACAAAAGAGAAGCCAAUACUUGGGACCACACCUGUUUAAAAACAUUUACUGUGCAAUAGUGCUCAUGUUUAGUUUUUUUCUAGGAAAAAAAAUGAUCAUGUAAAUUUUAGAAGUGAGGAACACAAAGAGGUAUUUUUUUUUUUGGAAAAGCAAAUAGAUGAAUUAAUGUGGGAUUUGUGUCUAAAAUAUCACUAUUAUCAGCAUGUCAGUGAAAAUAAGAAAAUGAAAAAGAAGAAAAGCAAAGACAAUAAUCAUGUGCCUGCUAGAAAAGAACCAUGUACAUGUUCAUAUUUCAUAAAUUUCUCAUGUAACAUAGAGACAAUCCAGGGAGGUGAAGUAUGUUAGCUUCACUCAUUUGUGUUUCCCAAAAUGUAUUUCCCUAGUUCUCACCGUGAAGUCAAAAGAUGAUCUGGAGUGACCUCAUCCAGCAACUAAUCUUCCUUUCUCUUUCUGGACUUGGAAUUUUAGGAAACAUCCUUUUAUUUAUAAGACAUGUACAUAUGUUUAUCAUGGGUUCUAAGAAAAAACCGAUAGACCUUAUCUUCACUCACCUGGCAAUUUCAAAUGUAAUCAUUCUUUAUACUUCAGGGGUCAGAUACAUAGCCACAGACUUUCAUUUCAAAAAUGUUCUGGGGGAUGCAGGUUGUAAAGCUGUGGUUUAUCUGGCAAGGGUGGCCCGGGGCCUCUCCAUCUGCACCACCUGUCUCCUCAGCGUGGUCCAGGCUGUCACCAUCGGUCCCAGGACUUCCUUGUGGAGAAAGCUCAAACCACAGACCUCAUGGCAAGUUCUUCCCUUUCUCCUCCUCCUUUGGAUCUUUAAUGUUCUCAUAAGCUCCAACUUGCUUUAUCACAUCACAGCAGGCAGCAGUCUGAAUAGCUCUAGAGCUGGGGCAUACAGAAAGUAUUGCUAUAUGCUGCCAUCCGGGUAUACAGUUAAAUGGCUUUUUCUGUCUCUCAUGGCUCUUCGUGAUGUCAUCUUUCAAAGUCUCAUGGGCUGGAGCAGUGGGUACAUGGCAUUCCACCUGUAUAGACAUCACAAGCGUGUCCUCUACCUUCACAGCUCCGGGUUUGCAAAUAGGGCCAGCCCAGAAGUCAGAGCUACAUGGAGUGUUCUCGUUCUUAUGACCUGUUUCCUCCUCUAUUACUUGGGAGAUUUCAUUUCCUCCUUCUACAUUGGUUCUGUCUUCACACUUGAUUCCAUAAUACUAAAUGCUAAAUUGUUUCUAGGAGUUGGCUAUGCUGCUCUCAGCCCCUUUAUCCUGAUAAUAAAGGAUUUCCACUUGGCUAGCUGCUGGCAUGCUCUCUGAGGAGUCAGGAUGUUCUGUAACAACCCCUCCAGCUAAUAAAGUGGGAGAAUCACCAGACGCUGCACAUUGUGACUUAAGAAAAGGACAGAGGGAAGAUUAAGGAGUAGCCCCAGACUUCUUGCAGUGCAUGUGGAGUUAACAAGUCAUCCUACAGCUUCUCUCAAUUGACAGAGAGAGAGAGAGAGAGAGAGAGAGAGAGA